UAGGUCGAUCGGCCCAUCUGAUCAACCUUGAUGAGGUUCUUUGAUGGAAAGGAGAUGACGAUGGGGGGAGAAGAUAGCGAAGAGGGCCGGCUUUGGCUCCGGGGGAGGACAAAGCAAGCCAGCAAGCCAGCAAGCAGUGGUAGAUUUAGGCAAGGACAAAUCAUAGAUCAUAAAUCAUAACUAAUGUCUUGCCUCCGCAGAAGACCACGUUGCCCGUGUGUCUCGAAACCAUGGUUCUCUCAUCUUGUUGUGCCUUGCCCCAAAAAUCUGCUUUUGGUGGUGGUUCUGGGUUCCGCCCUGCUGGAACCUGACUGGGGCCUAAGGCCAGUGACGGGCUUUUUCCCUCCCCUAAGUUACCUGUUCUCCACACUACUCCUAGUACCGCCGCCGCCUCCACCAUUCAUUCCUUCAUUCAUCCAUCCAUCUUUCUUUUAUUUACCAUCUCUGUCCAUAAGCAGCCCGUGUGCGCUCCAACGUAUCUCUCUCCCUCCUUUUAGAUUCUUGCACGCUAUCCUCGGUCGGUUGUUAAAACUUUGCCGUCGCUAUUAUUACGAUUGCUAUCAUUAUUAUUGUUUUUCUUCUUUUGGCGUUUCAUCUUUUCUUUUCGAUUGUUGGUAGCCUCAACCACAUUUUAUCCCCUCCCCUGAUCUUCUGACACUUGACUCUGCUUCUGCUUUCUCAGGCACGGUCUUUGUGUUCUAUUAUUAUCUACCAAGAACCCCGGUUACGUACAUACAGUAAUCGCCCCGGACGUGCUACUAGGCUGUCUCCCCUUCCGCCUCAGUGCCGAAACUGCUCCGACUGUCGCGCUUCUCUCGUGCUACGGCAGACAGAAUUCACCAAUGUUCG